GGGGCCGGGCUGGAGAGGACCGGGCCGGGAAAUAGGUUCUCUCCGGGGGUAUUGUGUCAGGAGAUGCAGGCUGCCUACCAUGUGACGCGGUCCAGCGCGGAAGGGAUUGGCCGAGGCAGCGCAGGCGGCGCAGCUCUGCCGGCUCGCCGUUCUCUUCCCUUUCUCUCGCAGCAUCUUCCCGGGAGCCCGUAGGUGAAGCGGCUCCAGCAGCAUCCAUGGCCUGUGUCGGGGGUUAACACUUGUCUCCUCUGGCUUUGGCAGCAAACGAGAGCGCCUCUCUGCCGCAGCGUGCUGAAGACUUGGCUGGGAGCUGGGAUCGUAUCCUCCUGCGUUUUUUCAGACUCCUUGGAAAUUAAGGAAUGCAAUUCUGCCACCAUGAUGGAAGGAUUGAAAAAACGUACAAGAAAGGCCUUUGGAAUACGGAAGAAAGAAAAGGACACUGAUUCAACAGGUUCACCAGAUAGAGAUGGAAUUCAGCCCAGCCCUCAUGAACCACCCUACAAUAGCAAAGCAGAGUGUACGCGUGAAGGAGGAAAAAAAGUUUCGAAGAAAAGCAAUGGAGCACCAAAUGGAUUUUAUGCAGAAAUUGAUUGGGAAAGAUAUAACUCACCUGAACUGGAUGAAGAAGGCUACAGUAUCAGACCUGAAGAACCUGGCUCUACCAAAGGAAAGCACUUUUAUUCUUCCAGCGAAUCGGAAGAAGAAGAAGAAUCACAUAAGAAAUUUAACAUCAAGAUUAAGCCAUUGCAAUCUAAAGACGUGCUUAAGAGUGCAGCUACAGUCGAUGAACUCAAGGCGUCCAUUGGCAACAUUGCCCUGUCCCCUUCCCCAGUGGGUGCAAUUAAAAGGAACUUAUCCAGUGAAGAAGUGGCACGACCCAGGCGUUCCACGCCAACUCCAGAACUUACAAGCAAAAAACCUCCAGAUGACCCUAUGGCCCUUGCUCCUCUCUUUGGCCCACCAUUAGAAUCAGCUUUUGAUGAACAGAAGUCAGAAGUUCCUUUAGAUCAGCCUGAGAUAUGGGGUUCGGGCCAACCAGUUAACCCAAGCAUGGAUUCACCAAAGCUAACAAGGUCUUUUCCCACCGGAACACCUCCACCACUGCCUCCCAAAAAUGUACCAGCCACCCCACCCCGGACAGGCUCCCCCUUACCAGUUGCACCAGGAAAUGACCAGGCAGCCACAGAGGCCCCCAUUGAAAAGCCUCCAUCCAUCAAUGACCUGGACAGCAUUUUUGGCCCCGUGCUGUCCCCCAAGUCUGUAGCCGUUAACGCCGAAGAAAAGUGGGUGCACUUUUCUGACACGUCCCCGGAACACGUGCCUCCAGACGUGACGCCCCGGGACCAGGCGGCUUCUCCACCACCAGCCGCUGCUGCUACUGCUGCUGCCGCUGCCGCCGCCGCCGCCGCCUCCUCGGACAGCCCGGCCGCCUCCCCGGCCGCUCCGGGCACCCCGGGGACCCCGGGCACCCCGGGCACCCCGAGCACCCCGAGCACCCCAGCAGCACCACCGGCUGGGCCGCCGCCGCGCCGGAUCCCCUCGCCGCUGAACCUCGAAGAGGCGCAGAAGCCCGGGGCCGAGCCGAGCUGCGUGCGGGACGAGUACUUAGAAACGGUCUCGUCGCCCAAAGAGCCGGGGCCGGCGGCCAGAGCCACCCCGCCGCCCCCGCCCCCGCCCACCUACCGGACAGUGGUGGCGUCGCCAGGACCCGGCUCGGGCGGCGGCGGCGGCGCGGGGCCCGCCAGCGGUGCAUCAUCCCCUGCUCGACCAGCGACCCCUUCGGUCCCUUCCAGCAGCACCACCCCGCCUCCUCCUCCUCCCCGGCCUCCUUCCCGGCCCAAGCUACCCCCAGGAAAGCCUGGUGUCGGAGACGUGCCCAGACCUUUCAGUCCUCCCAUUCAUUCUUCCAGUCCACCUCCAAUAGCACCCCUAGCCCGGGCUGAAAGCACCUCUUCAAUAUCGUCCACCAAUUCCUUGAGUGCAGCCACUACUCCCACAGUUGUGUCAGAAGAUGAUGUUUUUUAUGACAAACUGCCCUCGUUUGAAAGGCGCUGUGAAACGCCUGCAGAGAAUGAACAGCCUUCCCUCGUUUGGUUUGACAGAGGAAAGUUUUAUUUGACUUUUGAAGGUUCUUCCAGGGGACCAAGUCCCCUAACUAUGGGGGCCCAGGACACUCUCCCUGUUGCAGCAGCAUUUACAGAGACAGUCAAUGCCUACUUUAAAGGAGCAGAUCCAAGCAAAUGUAUUGUGAAGAUAACUGGAGAAAUGGUGUUGUCCUUCCCUGCUGGCAUCACCAGACACUUUGCCAACAACCCCUCACCAGCUGCUCUGACCUUCCGGGUGUUAAAUUUCAGCAGGUUAGAACAUGUCCUGCCAAAUCCCCAACUUCUCUGCUGUGAUAAUACCCAAAAUGAUGCCAAUACCAAGGAAUUCUGGGUGAACAUGCCAAAUUUGAUGACUCACCUAAAGAAAGUAUCAGAACAAAAACCCCAGGCUACAUAUUAUAAUGUGGACAUGCUCAAAUAUCAGGUGUCUGCCCAGGGCAUUCAGUCCACACCCCUAAACCUGGCAGUGAACUGGCGGUGUGAGCUGGCCAGCACUGACCUGCGCAUCGAUUACAAAUACAACACAGACGCCAUGACCACUGCCGUGGCCCUCAAUAACGUGCAGUUCCUGGUCCCCAUUGAUGGAGGUGUAACCAAGCUCCAGGCUGUGCUCCCACCUGCAGUCUGGAAUGCUGAACAACAAAGAAUAUUGUGGAAGAUUCCUGAUAUUUCUCAGAAAUCAGAAAAUGGAGGUGUGGGUUCUUUACUAGCAAGAUUUCAGUUAUCUGAAGGUCCCAGCAAACCUUCCCCAUUGGUUGUGCAGUUCACAAGUGAAGGAAGCACCCUUUCUGGCUGUGACAUUGAACUUGUGGGAGCGGGGUAUCGAUUUUCACUCAUCAAGAAAAGGUUUGCUGCAGGAAAAUACUUGGCAGAUAACUAAUAAAAAUUUAUGCAAGGAUUUGGAAGAGUCCUCUCAUGGAGAACUGUUGUGUGAGAAACAGGUUUCCAUUUUGGUUUGGUGAAAGCAAACCAAAAUCUGCAUUUGGGGAUAUCUCUGCUGGAAAUGUCGAUGACUUUCAGCAACAAUUCCCUCCCACAUACGUCCUACAGUAUUUACUUCUAGGUGUAAUAUUGUAAUGGUUUUAAAAUGUAAUUAUUGUAUUUGUAUAUUGUACUCAUUCCAGUAAGGCAGUUAGACACUUGAGUUUUAGCAUUUUGCCAUUCCUGAAAUGGAUGUAAUUUAAACUGUGGUAUGUAAAUUUAAUAGUAGCACUGUUGACUGACACAAUGCUUACAGAGGUAGACUGCAUUUUGUCAAUAUAUAAAACUUAAAGAUAAUAUGGAUAGCUGUCAUAAAGGGGGUGCCACAUAUCAAAAAAACUAAGUGGAACCAGAAAAAAAAUUACUUUUCUUCAGUCCUUAGUAUGUUUUACUCUAGUGUGAAAUUAAAAAGUCUAUCUUCAGAUGUUUAAUGGGUUAAAUUAAGAACUAUUUCAGAAAAAAGAAAAACUCUAAGGUUACAGCCUGUUCCAAAAAAAAAAGCAUUAAUUACCACUUUUUAAAAAGCUUUUUUUUCAAACUGCAAAUUUCAUAAAAAUGCAAACUGUGUAAACAGGACCUCUUAUUUUUAUAACUUGUGUAAAAAGGGAAAGCAAUUCAUAUUUAAAGUUUAAGUAUAUGAAAUUAUAAUCAAGAGAGAAGAAGAUGAAGUCUUAACCAUGUGUUCUCUCUACAGUUUAGCAAAUGUAGAGAUUGCCGAGUAAUCAGAUUGAAACCAAAAUUGUGACUUUAAGAUUCCCCAACUUUCCACAGUGCUGGUCAAUAAUUUUUGCACAAUGACAACUUCUAACACAGAGUCUGACUCAUCUUGCCCAGGGAACGGUACCUCUUAUCUUAAACC